CACUUGCCAUGCUGGAACUCAAUACUGUGUCCAUGAAUGCCAUUUUUUGGUGGAUGUUAAACGUCUCAGACAAAACCUCAUCUAACCUUGGUUUCGUCAGAGCUUACGGAAUGCGGAAUAUGUUAAUUCUUCACCGAAGGCCCUUAUGCGCCCCCUGACGUGGAAAUAAAUCGACGGCCUCGACGCCUCCUACUUAAGAGUAUCUACAAUUAUACAGUUUCGCCGUGGGGGCAUCCUGCUACAAGGAGACAGCGACGCUGUCCUCUACUUGAAGGAACAUCUGAAACCAUUGUCAGAUAAAAUUUUUUUGCCAGUGGCAGAAAUGAUGCUUCUCGAUUCAGCCUUCUCAUAGAUGCAUCCAAAUACGAAGGCGGUGCAACACACAAUGUUCGUUCGGACGACUGUGAAGGGACCGAAAUCCUGACCAGGGCCACGCAGCGUUGAGCAAACAAACCAAACUCGGAGAAAUCUAUCCAGUUGUUUUUAAAAGAAGGAAGAUGACGGCCAUGACCGACGAUGACCGCUUGCGGGACACGUCUGUUUUCUGCCUGCUACAAUUCAAGGCAUGUCGGGUACAGUCUUCUCCAACUUCCCCGUGUACGAGGUCUUGCACCUAGAUUUGCCUCAGAUCCCUGUUGUCGUUAGCAGGUGGCGCAGGGGGAGGACAGUAUUCAGACGAAAACCCGGGUAUCCGUCGCUCACCUUGACCUUCCUGCUUUGUUUCCUUCGACGAGCAGCCAGAUACAGAUCGAGGUGGCACAGAAGGGCUUACAGUCUAAAUAACACUCUCGGUCUCGUUGUUAGAGGAAAGCGACCGCAUUGCACGGAAACGUGUCCCUCAAGAAACUCACAUUACCGUCACGGCCCGACUGUUUUCAUGCUGAAACCACCCUGGAGGAAACGGCCGCGGAACUCUCUAAGUGGCAACCAAACACGUAUGGCGGCGGAUGUUUGUUCUUUUUCGUGAACACAUAUCUCCUACGGGCAUCGCAAGCCCUAGACCAACGCCAUUCUGUGGAUGAUGCACAACGGCAAGCACACGACAAAGGGACGAAGUUGCUGUAACAACCUGCAUGAUAUCUUUGCGAUAGGCUCGUGCUCUCUCCUCUCCGUGGCUUGCGUCCCUGGUACUGCUGAUUUUACAGUAACCUUUCGUCUCUGUCUCUCUACGUGAAACAACACGCGACGCAAUUGAUGCAAAAACUUUCUGUACAUGUCAAAGACGUGUCCAGGUGUCAUGCGUGAGGAAACCGAACCGUUUUUCUGGCGCGUUAGAGCUGUCUAUUUGUCCGCAUGCAGCAAGCACAUGCAGUUCACCCCAAAUUGAACCAGUUUUAGGAUGGAAGCAGAACUCCGGAAGCUGCUUUGGUCGUUGAAAAAGUGGAGAAAGAGACACAGCCGCUCCCACGAAAGACAGCACUCCGGCAAAAAGCAUCGUCUCUUUUCUGAACGCAAGCCAUUUGAAUGUCUUUCCCGCUUUUCCCCCCUUCCGUCGUUGUUGUCGGGGAGCCAGCGGCGGAGUGCCAGCCGUCUUCCGCAAAAUUUUUUUAAAAAAGCGGCGACUGGUGGUUCAGCUCUUCUCGUUCGCUGCUUGGUAAGUUUUACGUAAACAAGUGGUCGACCACGUUUUGAAGCAUGUAUCUUCCUCGACAGAGUGGCGGCCACUGUCUUCCAUUUGCUUGUUUUUUUUCUUGACGUCACUCCGGCCCUGCUAGGUUGCUGCGUGUGUGCUCCUCGCGGCUGCUCCCAGCAACGGCGGCUUGCCGGCUCUUCGAGUCGAAGCGUGCCCUAUCCGUCGCUUUUUCGCGACUUUUCUGCAAUCGAAGUCACGUUUUCAUACGGAGACAAACGCCUGCUUUCCUGUUUCUUGGGGAAUGCCGAAUCCGAGUUCGGACCGUCAGGCAUCCGGCAGAAACGCGGGAGGUCCCGCCCACCCAAAUUCGCCCAUGGAGCCUCGAGAUAGCCAUCGGCAGAACGAAGUUUCUUCUUCUCUCGUCUCUGCAUGUUCUUUCCGCAGACCUGCGAGAGAAAUCCCCUGCCGUUUUUUCCUCCAGAAUCGCUGUCUCAAAAACACUGCGUGCCCUUUUUCCCAUGACCCUUCGCUGCGACGCGCUCGUGGCACUCCUGACUCGUCGGACGCGGCUUCUGCGCCGCCGCUCCCGCGUUCGGAGCCAGACACAUGCGUUCUUUCGGAGGACCUUCCCGUCCUGACUCAACAUGAGGAAGCCGAAAAUGGAAUAAACCUUUCAUGGCAAGGGCGGGGACGAGGCCUGCCCGGAAAGAGAGGUCGAGCAGGCGGGCGUCGUCUUGAACCGGGAUCCGUUAGGCCGGCUUCUUCUCGCGCGACAGAAGCGGCGGCUCCCAGAUCGCCUGCUUGUUCUCCUGCAACGCCGGAGCCCCGAGAACGAGACAGUUUUGAGUUGGCGGGUGUUUCCUCCGCACCCAUCCAUUCGAUAGAUGAGAGACCCGUUUCAGGUCAUGAGGAGAGGCGCCGCAAUCAGCGACAACGACCCCACAGAAACGACUUUGGAGAUCCAAACCGCGUUGCCCUUCCUGCAAAGGGACCAGGACCUUUACGAGGGGGACGGAAGUCCGGGCUUCCAUCUCGGAGACAGCGAGGGAACGACUCCAGACACGGCUCUGGUAGUCAGGAGAGGUCUCACACUCCCUCUGUUUACUCUGCACAGGGACGAGAAGAACAGGUGUCUCCGUCUCGAAAAGACUCAGAGGUGUCUCCGUCUGCAAAGGAGACAGAAGAACGAGUGUCUCCGGCAGGCGGGGCGUCCAAGCGAGUGGCGCGCCCGCGAGGCGCGCCUCGGGACCGACCCCCGUGCGUUCCGCGGCGAGUCUGCCCUGUAGGGCCGCCCGCGCGAGCAGACUGGACAUGGGAGGAAGAGCGAGGUCGGCUCGAGAAGCUUUACGGGUCGUCUUUCUGUUGCACUUUCUGUGGUCGCGGCGCGAAAGCUGGCGCAGCAGACAGAGUCGGAGCAGGCGAAGGGGAAGAAGCUACCCCGGCUUCCCGAGGAGAGGAGGGAACUGCUUUAGUGACCCGAGACUUGUUAGGUCGGAUCCCAGGGUCUGGCCGAGACGCGGCUGGAGAGAAGCGCGAAGACGGAGGCGCGGCGGAACGGCCAGUGGAGGAGACCGGAGAGAAGCGAGAUUCGGCCGGAACCGGCGCCGCGAGGAAGUGCUUCGCUGACACAGAAAGUCAAAUCGUUGACGUUGUCCGAGUCACACAUGUCCCCACGGAUCCAGACUUCGACCGGAAUAUUCUGCUGAAUGGCCUCACCGUGGAAAUAACCGUGCGCGCGAACUACCGUGGGUGCCGCCGGCACAAGGAGAAAGAAGGAGGCGGGGACGAGCGGGGAGCAGGGGAAGGCAGAGAGUCAACGACACUGGAGCAGACGCCGUCCGGGGCAACAACUCGACUUCCCGAAGGCGCCACGCUGCGAGUCUGCAACGAGGAAUUAAGCGACUUCGUGCGAGAAACGAUUCCGAAGGUCUUCCAGGAAUACAUCCUAAAGAAUCCUGAGGAACCGUUUGUCGUCUACGGGGCGCUCAAGUUCGUCGACAGACACCUCGCGACUGUCUUCGCUCUUAGCCACACGCACCGAUGUGGUGACUCCGGGGUCGCGCCCAAAAAGGGCGCCGACGGACGGAAAGCAGAAAACGAGCCUGAAAAAAAGGGAGACUGGACUCUGGAGGAACAGAAGAGGUUGGAAGAAGGCCUGGUGUGGUACCGGCGGGUGGCGGACCCUGUGACGAAGUGGAAGCUGAUAGGUUCCUUCGUCCGCACUCGGACAGCGAAAGAAUGCGCUCAGCGUUUCCGAGAUUGCCGAGAGGCCAUCUUGCGUCGAGCAGAGGCGGCGGUCGCCUCAAACUCAGGGGGGACUGCGUCGCCAGCGAACCCUUCGGAUCCCGCGACGGCGGCGGCUGAAGGGACCUUGCAGGAAGCAACUUUUGCGGGCGAUGAAGGGGGAGAAAGCAACUCAUCGUCGGCUGUCUCCGCUCCAGAUGGAGAUCAAGGCGCAGGGGGAAAAACGGGUGAAAACAACCUCCAAGGCGCGACGAUCAGCCUCGCUGGUUUCCAGUUAGAAGGGGCUUCGGCUACCCAUCCCGCUGCGCUGAAACUCCUUGUUGCAUGCGACCGAUGCAAGAAACCUGCCGACAUCAAACUGGCGACGCCGAAGGAUGGCACCGUCCUCGACAUCUCCGGAACAGCGGCAGACUGCGGGACGUGUCAUCUGCGCAUGGUCGUUCGAUUCCAACCCAAAAUUGCCUUUGCUUCUUCCUCCGCAAUUGCAAUCGUCGAGACGAUUCAGUGCCGAAUGCGCGAUCUACUCCCGAGUGACUUUAUUGUCACUUGUGAUAGGUGCACGGCGACGAUGAAAAUCAGAGAAGUUUUCUCAGGUGCUCCAAGAACUGCGAUUUGUCGUCACUGCCACAACAAAGUUCUCUUGUGUUAUCAAUCUCCGUCUUUUUCUGGUCGUGCCGAGACAGGAGCAGAGACCUUGACCGGGGUCACGAAGAGUCUCCUAAUCUCCACAAGUGAAAAGAAGAAGAAGGCGAAAGAUGAGUUAACGCUGAAGCUCGGGACGCCUCUUCCUGACAAUGGAACUUGCAAACACUACAAGAAAUCGUUUAGGUGGCUUCGCUUCCCUUGCUGCGGCAAAGCGUUUCCCUGCGACGUAUGCCACGACGACAACGCGGACCACGAGCAUGCGUGGGCGUCGCGAAUGAUCUGUGGCUUCUGUUCCAAGGAGCAGGCCUUCAGCAAUCGCCCGUGUGAAUGUGGACGCGCUCUCACCAAAGAUGGAAACACUGCGCACUGGGAGGGAGGAAAGGGAUGCCGCGACGCCGUGAGGAUGAACCGAAAAGACUCGAGGAAGUACAAACUCCUCAGUCGUCAGCAGGCGGAAGCAGGAGGAAACAAGGGCGGCCGGAAAUAGGAGAAGUUUUCUCGAAACAAGAAAUGCCUUUUCUUCAGUUCACACUUUUCUGAAGAAGAAAUCGUCAUAGAGUUUGUCAUUUUCUCCGAACGUUUUAGACAGAAGACAGAGGCGCAAGCGGCAGAAGAGGAACGAGGGGGACAUGACCCAGAACGGUGAACAGAAGAACGAAGACUCACCGCAAACUGGAGGAUUGACACUAAGCAACACAGAGCAUACGAAAGAAGGGGAAAAUGGUGAAAGGACGAAAUACGAAAGUCGACAGGUCUUCUAAUACCUCAUCUGAACACUGCUCGCUGUGCCGUAGGACGUUCUAGAAGCGAGAACGCGCUCGAACUGUUUUUCAGUUUAAGAGGGAAAGCUGCGGCGACGAAAUGCCGCGGUCGCCCUCCUGAACCCUGGACCGUAAAGGGCAAAAAAUGGGCAGUUCUGCGAACCGGAUCCAGUCGUGGCAGACCUUAUCUUUUAACGGCGUGCUCUGCAUCUGAAUUCUUCGUAUCAUGUUGGCUUUUUAGUUGCAGCUCCCUUUUGUCCUCCAAAUAGCUAGACGCAUCAGACUAGCGUUUAGCUACACUUCAGAAGCAGCAAUUGCUAGCGUCUUUUCAGAAUUUGGCAAGAAGUGCACGUGGUUCUCUUCAACGGUACACAGAAAAUCGACCGCUAGAGGACGUGGAGAGAUUUGAACGCAGGAGUCACUGGCACAGAAAGGCGAGAGAGACCGGGAAACUAAGGCAUGUGAAAUUGCAGAGCGAGACAAGGCAAGAUGCACAUGUCAGGAGGAUUUAUAUUUUCUCCGUUUGCAUGCACUGUCAUGGAGAAGUUAUGCAACGCCGUCUGAACAAGGGAGGCGAGCCUUCCUGAUUCUCUGUAGAUGCACAGAUGUUCAAGAACACUGCUACCAUUAUUGUAAAGCAGUCAGCUAAUUGCCAGGACACGAGCUCAAAAAGGUUACGUUUUUGUCUCAGUAAUCUGCGACAGAACCAAAACACAAUGACAUCUGCACAUUUCCUCCGCUGUGUGUACUGUAUAUGCAUUGAGGGGUUGCGACAGCGGGACAGAAUGGAAGGGGACGGGAACGCUGCUUUGUGGAGUUCUCUCGAGUUUCUCCGCAGUUUUGUCCUCGCUGUCGGAAACGUUUGGAGUGUCUGUGCGUGGGAAAGUACACAUAGAUUUGCCUGCCUUGUUCGUCGCCGAAGGACCGUCAACGCAUCUUGUCCUUGUUUGUUUUACCCCG